CUCGGUUCUAAUCAUGUCUCUUCAUAGCAAAGAAGACGCGUCGUCCGCCUCAGAGCCUGAAGCUUCAGAUACACUCGUCGCAGUCGAUACACUUGCUGCGACCGCUCUUCAUACUCCGCUCGCUGCACUCAAUGGAGCGCCAACCCGGAAGGAAAUCACCCAGCUAACCCGCCACGAACUAAGCACUGCGCAGAAUGACGACUCGAUCACAGAAUGCGGCCGCGCAGCUUUAGCCCUGCUUCACACGAAUCCCGAGCUUGCGGUAAAGCUUGCGUACCAGAAGUUGCACGAUGUUCCCUAUAAAGAGGUUAAGACCUGCUGGAGGAGGCUGUAUACUGAUGCGAGUCUGCGGAGGGUAUUGGGGGUGACCGAGGAGCAUAUCAAGGCAGGUGAAUGGACGCAUACAAGUGGAGGGUGGUUGGAUGAGGUGGUCAAGAUGCUCGAUAUGGUGCUGAUAUUGACCGCGGCGCCGGGGAGGGAAGAGCUUGUAGAGCUGUGGUUCGCGGCGCUGGAAGAGGAGCUGGCCUCUGAUGAGCGUGCCAGUGCGAUUCAUGAACCCCUCGAGCGCCCGGCGAAGAAGAUGAAGCUCGGCGACGUCUCGUCAAUACCCUCAGCAUUUCCGACCGCGCUCAUCGAGCUACCGCCUACGUUGCGUCACCCCAUCCCUCGAAGCGAGAAUCCAAGUCUAUUCGCCUUCCAAAAGAAGCUUUCGCAACCAGCAACCCACACCCCGCUUAUCAUUACAAACUCCAUCCAGCACUGGCCCGCGCUCUCAGACCGCCCUUGGAACUCUCCACCAUACCUGCUCAAACGCACGCUCGGCGGCCGCCGCCUUGUCCCGAUAGAAACAGGCCACUCAUACACAGAUAGCAGCUGGGGCCAGAAAAUCACCUCGUUCAAGGACUUCAUGGCAACCUACAUGCUCGCCCCGUCCAGCGGGGAGCAAGUAGAUGGAGAUGCGAAAGCCACAGGGUACCUGGCGCAACACGACCUCUUUGCGCAAAUCCCCUCUUUACGGUCCGACAUCAGCAUUCCGGACUACUGCUACGCCUCCCCUAACCCAUAUCUACCCAUAAACAUCGAACCUUCGCAAGUGACGAGGCUAGAGGACCCGCUGUUGAAUGCGUGGUUUGGCCCGAGCGGCACGAUCUCCCCACUGCAUACUGAUCCGUACCACAAUAUCCUGGCGCAGGUCGUGGGGUACAAGUACGUGCGUUGCUAUAAGCCGGAGAUGACGGAGAGGUUGUAUCCGAGGGGAAGGGAGGGGGGCGUUGACAUGGGGAACACCAGUGAAGUGGAUUUGGAUGAAGCUGUAGGUUUGUGGCCGAAGAUGCGCACCAACGCACCAAGGAAUGGAGAAGAUGCAGAGUCUGGGGAGGAGGGGGCAGAUGGGGUAGGAGGGGAAGAAGAAGAAGAAGGCAUUGAUCAGCGGAGAAGGGAGUUUGAUAAGAGGUUUCCGGAAUUCAGAGACGCGGAGUAUAUCGAGGGUGUGCUGGGGCCGGGUGAGUGUCUUUAUCUGCCGCCUGGGUGGUGGCAUUAUGUCAGGAGUCUGAGCUCGAGCUUUAGUGUGAGCUUUUGGUUCAACUGAGCCCCCAACACCAUAUGACCUCACGACCGAGAAACUGGUGGUUUCAUGGCCAGAAAACUGACUGCGAGGGUAUCGUUCGUAUCGGAAUGGUAGCAUAGAGAUGCCACGCCCUAUGUAAGUACCGAAUCAAUCACUCCUGAACCCAUACGAUGGUUCCCUCUCGAUACGGCCGUUCGAAG